UUCAGCUUCUCGCGCUUGUUGUCAUUGCAGCUGCGGCUAUUCGGGGGCGCCCGUGGUUAGUAACCAACGACGAGGCCGUUCCUGCCUGCCUGCCUGCCUGCUUUGCAACCGAGGUCUCGGCGCCUUAGCUCUCCUCGAGCGCCCAGCCUCGCUUCGUUAUGUCCGGUCGAGGUAAAUCCGGAGGUAAAGCCCGAGCCAAAGCCAAGUCUCGCUCCUCUCGAGCCGGCCUCCAGUUCCCCGUCGGGCGAGUGCAUCGGCUGCUGCGGAAGGGCAACUACGCGGAGCGUGUGGGUGCCGGAGCGCCUGUUUAUUUAGCGGCCGUGCUCGAGUAUCUCUCGGCGGAGAUCCUGGAACUGGCCGGCAACGCUGCGCGGGACAACAAAAAGACCAGGAUCAUCCCCCGGCACUUGCAGCUGGCCAUUCGCAACGACGAGGAGCUCAACAAGCUGCUGGGCGGGGUGACGAUCGCCCAGGGUGGGGUUCUGCCCAACAUCCAGGCCGUGCUGCUACCCAAGAAGACCCAGAGCUCCAAGAAAUGAAGCCGGUUGCCUGGCUAAAGGAAAGCGCUCGCCCGUUUCAUUUCCUUGCGCCCCACCCACAGGAUCUGGUGCAGCGGCCACCGGGCAUUUUCCCCUUCCUUCCUUCCGCGUCACUUGGUGCAGCUCAGUACCGGGCAGAUGAUUUCUUUACCGCAUCGUCUGUCCCGGUGCAGCCGGCGCUGAGCUGUCUCCGCUCGCCCUUUUCUUGCUAAUCUGAUCCUGGCCCUCUUUGCCUUCCUCCCUCCCUCUCUCCCCGCCCCACGUCUCGGUGCUGCUGGUGCUACGACCGCUAGUAUCCUCGUGCGCUUCCUCUCCCAGGUCCAGCGCUCAGUCUCCUCUGCUCCUUUUCAAUCCCGGAGACUUGAACGUGGGAAAGAGCGGUCGUCGUUUUUUCGUGUCCCCGAAAAGGGCACGUGCUUCGGGCCUGGCUGCCAUCUAGCGCUCUGCAAAUAGAUUUUUUUUCCCCUCCGCCCCUUUUCUCUGGGACGAUUGAGCCUAACAUCCCAGUGGUUUCCACCCCUUUAUUUUGCUCCCUUAAAUCGCUUUGAUUCUUCUGGAGAAGAGGAGUAGGGGGGGGGGCAGAAUGAUUAGGGAUUUUUUUGACACUACAGUGGUCUUCGAUCCUUGGAAAACUGUGGGGGGGGAAAGGGAGUCAUGAAGAUGGGAAAGUCAUGAAAGCAGCACAGGCCAACAUUGGGAAGGCAAGGAACUGCUUAGAUGGUAGGCCUCACUAUGUGACAAUGCUGAUUUUAUAUCUCCUCUGAGAGUAUACAGAAGAAAGGAAGGAUUGGCCAUUGCAUUGCACCAACACUCAACCUAAUCUCUUAAAACUCUGCGGGUCCUAGUGAUGGUGAUGGAUCGAUCUCUCUAAUGUUGUUGCACAUCCCCAUUAAAUGUGAUCAUGUAUUUAUGAAUUGAAAAUGUGGGAGGGAAGGAAGCGGUCCGGAACUUCUAAAUGUGAAAAUAACUUUUUUUUCUGAGAAAGGAAUAGCUUCACAUGUUAAUGUUUCCCUUGUGUUUGCUUUAUGAUGAACUAUUGUGUAGUUGUACCAGCACUCCAUUCCUGUUUCUUUGUUGAGUUUUGGUUUCUGUGUUGCAACAAAAUCUUUAUGAGUAAAUAAUCUUGACUGAGAGGCAAAGAUUUUCUAUGAAUUCCUAGGAUAUGUACACAUCUUUUCUUUAUUCCCAUCAAGCAGCUCUUAUAACACCUAAUAUGUUCCAGAGGCAAAAGUGGAAUAGGAGUGCCACCCCAUAGGGAAGAUUUUUCUCUUUCAAAUAAGAGAGGAAAGAAUGGGAAAGGAGUUGCUGUUUGUCUCUAAAUUUGAUGUGAUAUAUUCAGAUCUGAAUGUGCUUAACAGUUCCAGCUUCCAGUUUAUCUGGAAACUCAUCCUAAGCAAGAAUCUUUGCAUUUAGGUCUAUUUUUGUCCAUUUGAUGUCACUGCAACUAAAAUGAAAGUAUUUCAGUGUGACUGCUUUUGUGGUUUUCAAUGAUAUAUGUUUAUUGUUUUCUUGAAACAGGAAGCAGUUUUGUUGUGUUUCCUCCUUCCAUUAUCAAUUCUCUUGUAAUGUCACCUGUAAUGAUUGAACUCUAGUAUUUGUAUCCUAGUUUGCACUUUAUUCUAUACACAGUGGUUUUUUUGGGGUUUGGAAUUUUGCUUCUAAUGCUUAAAAUAGAGUGCAAGUAUGGCAUCCAUCUAACUGUAAUCCUCAGUAGCUUAAUGUUUGGAGGUUGGGUUUUUAGGAAAAAUAAUAAUUUAUACAAAAGUAAAAUAUCUAGUUAGUGUUGGUGGUUUGCUAAAUAGGUGUUUGGAUAACGUAUGAGCAUGGAGGUUGGCCUAGCCUGUCCUGUAAUGCCUAGUAGCUGUGGUACAGAGCCAAAACUUGCUUGCUUAGAUGAAAAGUUUAUAGAGCCAUGUGCAUGCAGCAGUCUAGGAUAUUGAGCAAGUAGAAUCUGUAAUCAUGUAUAUGGUCAGCUGUGUAUGUGCAAUUAAGUAGCAUGUGUUCGAAUCAUCAUGUGGGAUGUAAAUCUGUGGAUGAACUAUUGUCUUGCUCUGGAUUCAACUAAGGAUAUCUAGACCAGUGGAGGCUGAGAUGCUUUAAUAACAGAAUAAGGAAUAUGGUUUGUGCAGUCAGUUGCUGGUGACUAUACAGUCUCAUUAGUGAUACUUAAAAAAACAACCUUUAGCCAUCUAUGUCUGUCUUGCCUGUUACAUUACAGACCCAGGGGGGAAAAAGACCUCUUGGAUUUAAAUAGCUAUCUCAUUUUUUCUGGCACAGGGCCAG